AUGGCAGAACUCUACAAAUCGAUCACGACACUAGAACAGCAACACAAGAGGACCCAGCUAAUGGAAACUUAUGGGGAACUAAUGCAAGCCAGACGCCAACUGAGAGAUCUCCUUUCAAAACGCCACCUACGUUCGCUACAACAAUCUAAGGGCUUCUUUUACGCCCAUGCCAACAAGGGAGGCAAAUACCUAGCACGGCUUCUAAAAGGCAAUGCCCCUCGCACGCAGGUCCGCACCCUGCGCCUCCCUUCGGGUGCCUCAACGGCAUUCCCUGACCAAAUAGCCGAAGAAUUCAGGCGCUACUACCAAUCACUGUACAACCUACAGGACCGGGGCAGAGGGGAGGACGGGGGAGCCGACCAUAGCAGUACACAGGAAUACCUAAAAGAGACUGUGACGAAAACGAUACACCCAGAUGCCGCAGAAGAACUGGACGCCGCGAUUACAGCAGAAGACAUCUAG